AUGCUUACAAGAAGAAUAACACUUGGUAUAUCAAGAAACCUGAGUAGAGGCGCUCUGAUCAAUGCAAGGUUUGCAAGUUCACAGUCGUAUCUUGACUCCGUGGCAAAUUUGAAGAAGGAUUUGAAGAAGGCCAUGAUAGCCAAGGAUGAUCUCAGGAAGACGACUAUAAGAGGCUUGCUUUCCGGCAUUAAAAACAAAGAAAUCGAUGCACAGGGGAAGGAUCUCGAUGAAUUCGCGCUACAUGACCUCUAUUCCAAGCUUAUUACACAGAGGAAAGACUCUAUUGAGGAGUUCCUCAAAAAUAACCGAAGUGACUUGGUUGAAAGAGAGGAAUCAGAAAUUGAGAUCAUCAAAAACUACCUCGGGCAAUUGCCAGUAGCUUCCGAAGCCGAGAUUGAUGCAAAAGUCUCGAACCUUUUGACCGAGCUAAAGCAAUCGAAUCCUUCUUUACAACUGAAAGACGCAUUCAAAAAAGUUGACUGGAAAGCUGCGCCAUCUGAUUGGAGAGCAUCCGCCAGCAUGAUCAAAGCUAGUAUCGUGAGACAGUUCAAGACAAAAUCGUGA